ACAUAAGCCAUUGGAUAAUAAAGAAACAGCAGCAGUAGCUGCUUGGAUCCUUCCUCGUUGGUCCUAACAUUCUAAAUUUUGUCUGCAUUUCAAACACAUUAUUUCUUACAGUUGAACUGUUCAAUUUCCUUGCAUUUUCUUCCUCUUAUAAACCAGCCGCCUCACAAAAAAAAAAAUCUCCCUUUCACAUAAUUCAGUGUUUUUUUCAGUUGGGUACUCAGGAUCGUUCAAGUUCUAGCUCAAUCUGAUAAAAAGAUUGGAACUUUGCUGCUGUGUAAGCUUCUUUUGUACUUGGUAAAGUUUAUUUUUCUUGUUGAUUUGAUUUGAUUCUUGUUAUUUGCUGAAUUGGGUUUGGUUAUAGCUAAAAUAAAGUUACUUAAUUUGGUAUUUUUCUUAGUUCAUGAGCUGGUUUUGACUUGAUCUUGAGAAGAUCUUUAUUUAAAUGUCUUGUCUGAAUUGAGUUAGUUUCUAGGUGUUCACUUGCAUUUAAGUGAAAAGUUGGAUUUUGCAGUAUUAGUUUUGAUGUUGAAUUAGAUAUGAUGGGAGGACAAUCUAGCAAGAAAAAGGGUGUUGAAACCCCACAACAACCACUUUCACCACCACCACCUCCUCCACCACCAGGACCACCACCGCUCCAAUCUAAAUCCAACUCCCAAUACACAGCAGACUUGUCCUCAUAUGAGGAUGCUUGUAGGCAGGAUCCUGACCUGCAAUCCUUUGAUGCCACCCUUCAUAAGAGGACUAACCGUGUUAUAAACUCGCUUUCUACGGGUGUUGAAGUUAGAGCAUUGUCUUUCGAUUCUCUAAAAGAGGUCACUAAUUGUCUUCUUGAUAUGAAUCAAGAUGUGGUUAAUGUUAUAUUGCAAUGCAAGGAAGAUAUAUGGAAGAACAAAGAGUUGUUUUAUCUGGUUGAAGAGUAUUUUGAUAGUAGUGCGAAAACUUUGGAUUUUUGUGCUGCCCUUGAGAAUUGCCUGAAGCGAGCUCGGAAUAGUCAAUUGAUCAUACAGGUUGCUCUUAGGAAGUUUGAGGAAGAAGUAGCAUUUCGUGACGGGGUCGUUGAGGCGAAGUUUGUAAAGACACUAGAGGAAUUAGGUAAGUUCAAGGCAGCUGGUGAUCCUUUUAAUGAGGAGUUUUUUACGCUGUUCCAGUCCGUAUAUAAGCAGCAAGUAUCGAUGUUACAGAAGUUACAACUACGGAAGAAAAAGCUCGAUAAGAAAAUGAAGUCAAUGAAGACAUGGAGGAUGGUAUCAAAUGUUCUGUUUGUUUCAGCAUUUGUCUCUGUGUUGAUUUUCUCCGUCGUAGCAGCAGCUAUUGCUGCACCGCCUGUUGUUAUAGCAUUGGCAAGUGCACUGGCUGUUCCUAUUGGCUCUGUCGGAAAAUGGUGUAAUUCGCUUUGGAGCAAUUACACAAAAGAAUUGAAAGGUCAGAAGGAGAUUGUGAGCUCAAUGCAGGUGGGAACUUUCAUUGCAAUCAAAGACAUGGACAAUAUCCGGGUCCUUGUUGCCAAAUUGGAAGUGGAAAUUGAAUCAAUCUUGCAGAAUGUUAGCAUUGCCCUUCUAGAUGAAGAUGCUUUAAAGAUUGUGAUAGAUGAGAUCAAGAAGAAGUUGAACGUGUUCAUGGAAACCAUCGAGGAUUUAGGCGAACAUGCUUCUAAAUGUAGCCGCGACAUAACACAGGCAAGGACAGUGAUCCUGCAACGGAUAAUCAGGCUUUGAUGGUAAUUGGUGCGAACUCAUAACUACCUAACGAACCACCUCAGGUGCCACUCCAGCUGGUUAAUGGUAGACUGCUUGUUCUGUCUUCCUAGGCUAUAUUUGGUUUACGAAAGCGAUAAAGGAUAGAGUAUCUAUUCUGAAUUUUGGUUCAUGGAAUAGUAAUUUUAUUGAAUUUGUAUUCCAUAAUUUUUGGAAUAAACAUUUCUCUCAAGAAGUGAAGGAUAACUAUUCCAACUUUCGCCAAUAAUAGGACAUAUAUAAAGAAAAUAGAUUGAGAUUUUCUUAAA